UGUGCGCCUGCACGGAUGCUUUAUCUAACCGCAGAAAAGUGUAAAGUGAAUGUAAAGCUUUCGUCCUUGACCUUGCACACAUCUCCCGUGCUCUGGAUUGAGAGCGCCGAGAGCCCUCUCAACGGCACUGCAGCUCUGUCCGCGGAAAAGCUCUGUCGUGCAGCAAAAGCGAAAGUUACGCCAACCCCCAGAAACCUCCCUAAGUACCUGGUAAUGGUCAAAACGCAUGGCCCGAGGCUGGCGCCCUUUGUGGCCACCCUGAUACUGUACUUCUCGCUGGUGCGCCAGGAUCCCCAAGGAGAGCUAUGGACCACAGUGCUCAAGUGUUUGCCCAUUGUGGCCUUGAUGUUUUAUGUGGUGGCCAAUGGGUUCUCGCUUAAAAAGGACUACCGCCGAUCGCUCUGGAUACUUCUUGGUCUGGUCUUCUCCUGCGGUGGCGAUGCCCUGCUCAAUGUCAACCUCUUUCCCUUUGGAAUGGUCAGCUUUGGGGUGGCCCAUGUGUUCUACAUCUGCGCCUUUGGCUGGAAGCCACUCAAGUGGCCCAUCGGACUGGCUCUCUAUGUGGCCGUGUCGCUGUUUGUGUACUUUGUGCACCAGAAACUGGACGAGAUACUCAUCAUUGGAGUCCCCAUCUACUGUUAUCUGAUCACCACCAUGCUGUGGCGCGCCCUGGCCCGGGCUGUGGAUGCCAAGAAUUUCCUCGCCAUUUUCUGCGCCGUGGGAGCCGUUCUGUUCGUCGUUUCAGAUGCCCUGAUCGCCGUCACCAUGUUCGUGGGCGUGCCCCUGCCCUGUCCGCGGCUGCAGAUCAUGAUCACCUACUACGCUGCCCAGUUCGCCAUCGCGCUGAGCACUGCGGACGACGGGCCGCAGUCCUUUCGGUCCUAUCGCAGGAAAAUCAAGUAAUAGCAGCCCAGAAUGCUCCACUGAGGAUGGAACCCAGUGAACAACAACGCAACCACCAAAAUUAGUACUUCCAAAAUACUAGAGUAAUGCCAUUUACGCGCGCCUCCUCCGCAUCCCUGUAGAUUAGUCUAAGCCAAAUAUAUUGUUGGAGUUGGAUGCGGAGGGGGCGGAUCUUCGUAGAGUUAGUAGAUGUUUCUUGACUUUUCAACUAAUACAGAUUCUAUUAAUUGUA